AUGUCUUAUUUUUUGUCGUCGUCCCCGCGGCGAGCGUACCGUAGCGCAUAUUCGCGUAGAUUCAGCGUGUGUGCGCUGCGUGUGUUGACACGUCGUGAAAGCGUGACAAACCGACGACGAUCGGUCGCGAUCGGCAACGAUCGACGAUCAGCCGGUGGCGGCAACGACCUGUCCGUCGGAGGAGGCAGCGGCGGAGCGGCGGCGAAACCUGAGGACUGCUCGGUCCGCCUCGCCACCACCGCUGACGGUCCGAACUCCGAGCGCGGUAAGCGGUUCAGUAGUGAAGAAACGACCGUCCUGGUCGCGCACACCGUGUACCGCGUAUCUGUUAACACGCUCGUGGUCGUCGCCGCGCGAUCGAUCCGCACACUACAACUGGCAACGUAUUCAUUUUUAAUAUUUUAUGUUUCGUUUGACUUGGUGACUUUUCCGUUACAAUUCGUUGGAUAA